CUCUAGUCUUCAUUCUCUAGUCUUCAUUCUCUAGUCUUCAUUCUCUAGACUUCAUUCUCUAGUCUUCAGACUUCAUUCCUUCAUAGUCUGAUUCAGUCUUUCAGUCUAUCUUUGAUACAUUCCCUUCUAUACUCUUAUACAAUGUUCGCUUCCACUCUCCUCUUUGCUCUGGGCGCCUCCGCCUCCUCGUCCAUCUACAGCGGCUCCGGCUUCGGCACGUACUACUACGACAUCUCCGACGUCGACGCCUGCGGCACCUCCUUCUCCAGCCAGAACCUGGGCGACGUCGAGUGCAGCCAGGUGACCGCUCUGUCGCUGGACACGAUCAACAGCAACUACCUGGUGGCCAUGAACCACACGCAGCUGGUCGACAACAUGGAGACCUACUGCGGCAAGCGGGUCGUCGUCACCAUCAACGGCGUCAAGUCCGACCUGCCGCUCUUCAUCGGCGACGGCUGCGAGCGCUGCGCCGAGGGCUCUGCCGACAGCGACACCUGGAACGCCGAGGGCGCCCCGGGCCUCGACUUCAGCUACACCGUGCUCAACGAGCUCAGCGGCGGCGAGGCCUGCGACGACGGCCACGUCUCCAUCGAGUGGGAGAUCCUCGAUGAGACCCUGUACGAGUUUGAUACGGGGGCGUCGGACUCGAGCACCUCGCAGGGCCCGGUGUCGGCGGCCGUGACUGCCUCGGCCUCUGCUACUGCUUCGACCUUCACUGCUUAAUCUUUCUUCUUCUGUAAACUUUCUUCUCUUCUUCUAUAUCCUUCUUUCUUCUUUCUUUCUUCUUUCUUUCUUCUCACCUUUUCUUCUAUACACUCUUUGUAUAUCUUGUUGUCUUGAAUACCACUCGUUAUCUGA